UGUAUCAGCUGGACAAUUAACAGUCGUGUGAAUUUACAAAAAGUUACAUAUUGCAAAUUUUUCGAAAACUUGAGAUUGGUGUUUAUAUUCAUUAUAUUUGUGAAAGGGCCAUUGCCUUCUGUUUGAUAUAAAGGCAACACGCAAACGCACAAAACGGCAACAACAUAAAUAUAUACAGACGUAUGUAUGUAUAACAACUGCAGUAGUACGAGUCAAACGUUGCAAAAAUGGCGAAUUCAGUAAAACAGUGUAUCAACAUGGUCGGUCGAGUACUGGUCUAUGGCGGCAAAGGCGCUUUGGGCUCUGCCUGUGUUUCCCACUUCAAAUCAAACAACUACUGGGUUGGUAGUAUUGAUCUCAGCGUAAAUGAAGAAGCGGACGCAAGCAUCGUGUUACCCCGUGAACUUAGUUGGGAACAACAAGAAGCUGAAGUGUUAACAAAGGUCGGCGAUGCUUUAAACGAUGAAAAAUUGGAUGCUGUAAUUUGUGUUGCAGGCGGUUGGGCGGGUGGUAAUGCCUCCAAGGAUUUGGCCAAAAAUGCUGAUUUAAUGUGGCGCCAAAGUGUUUGGACGUCAACUAUUUCGGCUGCUGUCGCUUCCAAAUACCUAAAAGAUGGCGGCUUAUUAACACUGACCGGCGCGCAACCAGCGUUACAAGGCACAUCCGGCAUGAUCGGUUAUGGUAUGGCCAAGGCUGCUGUCCAUCAGCUAACACGUUCACUGGCUGGGAAAAAUUCUGGUUUACCCACUGAUGCCAUCGCAGUUGCAAUCUUGCCAGUUACUUUGGAUACACCAAUGAAUCGCAAAUGGAUGCCAAAGGCAGAUUUUGGUUCAUGGACACCUUUAGCUGAAGUUGCCGGACUUUUCCAUAAAUGGACUCAAGGCAAGGAGCGGCCAAACUCUGGUGCCCUAGUACAAUUAAUCACUAAGGAUGGUGUUACACAAUUGGUAGAAGCUAACUAAAUAUUGGCAUGCAUUAUGGGAAACCGUCAAAAUCCGACUCGUGAACGUUAGGGAAAUAAGCAUAUGAUACAAACGUACAUACAUACAUAUAUAUAUUUAUUGAUUAACAGAUUGCAAAUUAUAGAAAAUAAUAAAUAUGAAUUCCAAAAGUUUGAAUUUCAAGUUGAUAUACA